AUGGACGAAGGGGAGGAUGGCGAGGAAGACCACGGACUCCACGGGAUGAAGAAUUUGACACCAGGAGGGGGAGCAGCGGCGGCGGCGACAGCAAACAAGACCCCCAGCGGCGGCGAGCACGAGCACGGUAACGGCGAGCCUCGCACGGCGGCGAACGCGCCCGGCUCCUGUGGCCCCUCGCCCGGCAAGGCUGGCCGGGACGCAGACGAGGAAGAGGGCGGCAUGUGGCGCGUGCUGAACGGCGACUGCCGGAGAGACGCCCCCUCCUCCGCCGCCACCUCCACCUCCUCCAAGCGCGAGAAGCAACAGCAGCAGCAACAGCAGACGCCUGACCACGACCUCCACCACUACCAAGACAUGGAUGGCGCCGCUGAGCCCGCGCCCACCGCCACGAGCACCACGGGCGUCCCCGAUAAGAAGGACCCGCGCGUGUCCUUCUCCAACGCGCCCAGCCGGAAGACGUCCGGCCCGUCCAAAGUGUCCGAGGACGGGCAGAUCGCCGCCGAGGAUGGAGGAGAGGUGCGCGACGGCCAGACGUACAUGCAGCGGCAGUUCAGCUCCAUGCUGCAGCCCGGAGUCAACAAGUUCUCCCUGCGCAUGUUCGGCAGCCAGAAGGCGGUGGAGAAAGAGCAAGAGCGCGUCAAGAGCGCGGGGAACUGGAUCAUCCACCCCUACAGCGACUUCAGGUUCUACUGGGACAUCACAAUGCUGAUGUUCAUGGUGGGCAACCUAAUUAUCAUUCCUGUGGGCAUCACCUUCUUCAAAGAUGAGACCACCACGCCCUGGAUUAUCUUCAACGUGGUGUCAGACACUUUCUUCCUCAUGGACCUAGUGCUCAACUUCCGCACAGGCAUUGUCUUUGAGGACAACACAGAGAUCAUUCUGGACCCCAAAAUGAUCAAGAAAAAGUACUUGCGGACCUGGUUUGUGGUUGACUUCAUCUCAUCCAUCCCGGUGGAUUAUAUUUUUCUCAUCGUGGAGAAAGGGAUCGACUCAGAGGUUUACAAGACGGCGAGGGCGCUGCGUAUCGUGCGCUUCACCAAAAUCCUUAGUCUUUUGCGACUUCUCAGACUUUCCAGGCUUAUCCGCUACAUCCAUCAAUGGGAGGAGAUCUUUCACAUGACCUAUGACCUUGCCAGUGCUGUGAUGAGAAUCAUUAACCUAAUUGGGAUGAUGCUGCUGCUGUGUCACUGGGACGGCUGCCUGCAGUUUCUGGUGCCCAUGCUUCAGGACUUCCCAUCCGAUUGCUGGGUGUCCCUCAACAAGAUGGUGAACGACUCAUGGAGCGAGCUGUACUCAUUCGCCCUGUUCAAGGCCAUGAGCCAUAUGCUGUGUAUUGGGUAUGGGCGCCAGGCCCCUGAGAGCAUGUCUGAUAUCUGGCUCACCAUGCUCAGCAUGAUCGUGGGAGCCACCUGUUACGCCAUGUUCAUCGGCCAUGCCACCGCCCUGAUCCAGUCCCUGGACUCCUCACGUCGCCAGUACCAGGAAAAGUACAAACAAGUGGAACAGUACAUGUCCUUUCACAAACUUCCAGCGGACUUCCGGCAGAAGAUUCACGAUUACUAUGAGCACAGAUACCAGGGCAAGAUGUUUGAUGAGGAGAGUAUUUUGGAGGAGCUAAAUGAGCCACUGAGAGAGGAAAUUGUUAACUUCAACUGCCGCAAGCUGGUGGCCUCCAUGCCGCUAUUCGCCAAUGCUGACCCCAAUUUUGUCACGGCCAUGUUGACAAAGCUCCGCUUUGAGGUCUUCCAGCCAGGGGAUUAUAUCAUUCGGGAAGGAACCAUCGGCAAAAAGAUGUACUUCAUCCAGCAUGGGGUUGUGAGCGUCCUUACCAAAGGCAGCAUAGGCAUGAAAUUAUCUGAUGGCUCUUACUUUGGAGAGAUUUGUCUGCUAACACGUGGGAGGCGCACGGCCAGCGUGCGAGCAGAUACCUACUGCCGCCUCUAUUCACUGUCUGUGGACAACUUCAAUGAAGUUCUGGAGGAGUAUCCCAUGAUGAGGAGAGCCUUCGAGACGGUGGCCAUUGACAGACUGGACCGGAUAGGCAAGAAGAACUCCAUCCUGAUGCACAAAGUCCAGCACGACCUAAAUUCUGGAGUCUUCAAUAACCGUGAGAAUGAGUUGAUUCAGGAGAUUGUGAAGUACGACCGGGAGAUGGUAAAGCUGGUGGACUUGCAGAGGCCACGGGCCAUGUCAGCCACUCCCUCCACCCAUGGGACCAUGUUCCCUCCUUCUAGCCAGCCACCCACCAGCUCUGCCAUUGCCACCCUGCAGCAGGCUGUGGCCAUGAGCUUUUGCCCGCAGAUGGCAAACCCUCUGACAGGUCAUGGAGCACUCCAGUCCCCUCGCAUGGUGCGGCGCUUCCAAGUGGUCCAGAGUCUUGCCAGUCCCGGGACCCAGCAGACGCCUCCGGGUUCCCAAUUCUCUACUGGAGCUCUGGCCUCUGCCCUUGUGGGGACGCCCAUACAGAGCCCCUUGGCCACAGCUGGCCGAACGUUCCAGUACAGCUCCAGCCCCAUGGGUGCCCCCUCAGGGUCCCAACUGUCCUUGGUGCAGCAGCACGUCCCCAGCCCCACGCACCGAGCAGCAGCCCCCAGGAGCACAAUAACCCAGGACGUCCGAGCCCUCUCGGCCUCCCAGCCAUCUCUGCCACACGAAGUGGUGCAGCCGGCUGCCCCCAGCCCGCCCCAAUCCACCCGAGUGUCCUCCACUUCCAUCGGACCCCCUCAGAAUCUCUCGGGACCUACAAGUUUCCGGGCUGCCAUUCUUCCAAGGAUGACGCUUCCGCACCAGAUGUCUAUGGGGGCAUUCCCGCCUGCCUCUCUGCCCCAAAUGAAGCCAAGCCAGGACUCUGUACUGCCCAAGAAGGAUUCAGUAAUCAGCCUUCCAGACACGGACCAUCACGUCAGAUCUAGAUUAUCUUCCAAUUUGUGACCUUGUGACAGAGCUGGGGGGAUGCUGGCUGUGUGCUUUAGCUGGGUGUUUCUUCCUUCAGCAAGUACGUUUCUCCACUCCUUGUCAGACCCUGGAACUUACUCUAAGAAUGUACGCAGUGUGAUUGGUGACAAGGGGAGGUGACUAUACCUACGACUUGACAACUAUUAACCAUACAAAGUCUGUACAUUUGAAGAUUCAAACAUCACUGAGAUGUUUCCGUUGUACCCACAAGCAUAAACAUCAAUGUAGCUUUCUCCCACACAGUUUGCCUCUCUUCAUAAUUGCUUUCUUUAUUGUGGUUGUAUUCUCAAACAUUGCAAGUAAAAUAGAAAAAACUGCUCCCUAUCAUACUGUAGUCCAAAUGAUGCAAUGCAGAGUGGCCUGGGUGGCUGACAUAGACGGGGACAGAUGCUGUGAUUUUGAUUACAAUGUAGGAGCCACCUCUUUACAAAAAUCUUUAUGAUGCAAUGUAGGAUGGGCUGCAAACAGGACAGGGGGAUAAUGUGCUUUUGAUUACAAUGUAGGAGCCACCUCUUUACAGAAGUCUUCCUGAUGUAGAGUGGGCCGCACCUGGAGCAGGGGGACGACAUGCUUCUAAUUACUCUGUCGAAGCUGACUCUUUACGAAAAACUUUAUGAUGCAGUGAAGAGUGGGCUGCACGUGGGGGAGGGGGGGGUGACCUGCUUCUAAUUACUCUGUCAAAGCCGACUCUUUCCAAGUGGUUUUUGAUUAGACAACAGCCUUUUGACCUUUGAUUCAGCAAUAUUAAAACUGCUAAAGGAAAUAACAGGCAAAAAGCUACGGAGUAUUUUUUGUCUUGGUAUUUUACGUCAACCUUCUACAAAGCUUAUUUUAAUUUUCUCAACUUAGUUUAGCCAAAAGUUUUCAUCUUACUGCAUUUUAUGAAAAAAAUUGCAUAUUUUUUAUCAGAUUUUUUUUUAAAUCACCAAUUUAGUUAAUGCUAAUUACCACCCACAGUUUAUGACUCCUCCAUCGCACAGUGCCCCUAGUUUCGACCGGCUCACAUGACUGUAUGUAAAUGGUUGAUAUAAAAUAAUAAGUUGUUUAUUUUUAAUUGUUGACAGUGUAGUAGCGUAUUUGACAGCUGAUCAAUCUGGAAGCACAUUCUUACUGAUAGCAACGUCCUUCAUUUUUUUCCUCCCUCCAGACCAAAGUUGGGCCACAAAGAAACAAUGUUACUGUGUGUUUAAAUGAAAAGAUGGAAACAAAUAUAACUUCACUGCCUUGAUUUCUACUUAGAAGCCAUAUUCUCUCUGUAUGUGUGUGUUUUAAAUAUUCAAAUAUAUUCAAAUGUUCGCCCAUAUUUACGACCCAUGAUGGAUUUAUAUAUAAGUUACUCUUGGUAUCUGUCAAACAAAUGAAAAAUGGUUGUGCUUAGCUACAGUGAAAACAGAGCUAUAGUCGAAGAGAGGAUUUGCUAACAAUGGUAACAAUACUGUAAAUACAUUUUUAUCUAUUCUUAUUGGUGGGUGUAACACUUAGUCAACACUUUCACAGUGUCUGCUGCAUCUCAAUGCGAUCACAUUCCACUUCACACGUGGAUAUUCAGCGGGAAUUAAUGCAGUUAUUCACACAGGCUUGCUUCUCAGAUUCAGUCACGUACUUCCCAUGUGAAGGGAGUGUAGCAGCAUCCAAUGUGUGAAGACCCCCCCCCCCCUUCCCCUCCCCUGUCUGCGUUAUCAGAGUCACAUGGGAUGUCAGGCACCAAAUGCUCCAAGCUAGCUCUGUCCACAGCCAUACCUUGGCAUCACAGAGGGAUGAGUGAGAUUACGUGAGCCACUUCUAGUGAUUACCUAUUUCCUGCGAUGAGUUAGGCAACGAGUCUUUUCCUGCUCAUCUGCUGUCUAUGGUUCAGCUUCAGCGAAUAACUGACUCAAUAGCUGCAUAAUGAGAUCACUUCCACUCAGUCACUUGCUCCAGAAAAGCGCUUAUUGAUCCUGCUGUUUCUCCCCCCGGUCCCCCACCCCCCUGAUUUAUCAAUGUGUUGUCUACCCAGACGGAUCAUCUGUGGAGGACUGAUGUGUGUUAUAUUCUCAAUACAUUAUAAAGAGACCUCCAGUUUGAGGCUUAUACAAGCCUUGUCUCGUUUAUUACCUUUGAGAGUGGCUUUUAUCUGGGAAUAUGGUUACAGAUUAUUUACCAGGGUGGGCGAUAUGGCAAAAUAUGAGAUCAAGACGUGUCAAGACAUUUUCUGAUUUGAUAAACUGGAAAAAAAUAUUAUAGAUACAAUGAAUUUAUUCAGUGUUUUGCAUUAUGUACUGUGCUAAAUCCAGUUACACAGGGCUCAUUAUGCUCUCCAGUCAUGACAGUAUCCCCAAUAUGCUCAGGAAAGCAUAUUGUGAUAUAAUGUGAUGAUAACAAUAAAUGGCGUCAUAUUGCCCACCCGUAAUUAUUUACAGUAUGGUGCAAAAGUCAAAGACCACCCCUCAUUUAUUAAUUUCCAGCCAAAAUGACCAUUUAGUACAAGUUCUUCAUUUCUAUGGGGAUAUUUUUGAGGUGAUUAGAUGAUCCACAUGCAGAGGAAAGGGGAAAGUCAAAGGAAAUUACAUGACAAAAAAAACAGGCAUUUCCAAAACUGGAGUUCAAAAAAUUCUUAAAAGAUACAGAGAAAAAUUCUAACAACUGUGCAAGACCUGGAGGACAUCAAAACUGACCCAUUCAGAUAAACAGAACUUACAAAUUUCAUCUUAGACAGGGAAGGAAAUCAAGCUUCCCUCUUGCUUCAGACCUGAAAAAAUACACCGGUAUUUCUGUCCAUCCUUCCACUCAAGGUGCAAAACACAGGAGGUCCUAGGGGGUCCAAGAUCCUCUAUUUAACCUACCAAAAUUCUGAGGGGGCCCUGAAAAUAAACUAUUCUUUAUUUUAAAGUGUUAUUUAUUAUGAUGUUAUGGUGUCAUUGUUUAGCUGCUUUACCCACAAUCGGCAAACUUCUGUCUUUGGUAUUCUUUAAUUAGAGCUGCCUCGGGGUGGCGCUGUAGCAGAUGUUGGACCCAGUUGGUCCAUCAUCGCCUAACGACUGUAACUAUGCCCAGGACACCCAGAUGAAAAACUUUACAUGCUGUAACAUAUUUGUAAAUCUGAAAACUCGCCCAGUUUUCCAAGAGACUUGGGGGGGAAAACAGGACUGUUGCUCAUUUCUCUAACUGAAGACAACAGAGCUAAUCUGUGAGAUGUCAGUUAAUGUGUGAAAGAGUGCACUACGGAGUGCCCUCGGAAUACCAGGGGCUAUUUCACACACUGUUGCCACUGUGAGAUGACAACUCAGCUCUCUGGGUCUGAGAGGAUGUGUAGCUGAGAAGUAGCCCUUACUGACAAAAUGAAAUGGACAAAAAAAUCUGAACAUUUGCAAAAUCAACGAAGUCCAGAGUCCAGACCUCAACGUUACCGAAUGUGUUUCAGAUUACUUACAGUGUGAGAAACAGAGUAUAUAUAAGAGUAUAUACAAUAUAACCAACUUCUGAGACUGAACUUGGGAGGUGUGGAAAAAUAUCCUUGCAGAUUUCUUUGAAAAACUGAAAGCGAGUCUCCUGAAAAGAAUGCAAGCUGUAACACAAACACUAAACACUAAAUACACACGUAUAGUUGCUGAGGCUUCUGUAUACUUUUCUACAUGUUUACCGCUUAUUUACCAAUGCUGAAAAAUAAGCAACUUGUACUUAAUGGCUGUUUGGACCAGACAUGAAAUAAUCAAAGGGUGGUGAUCGAUAUAUAGGUUUGUUUUUACUUAUCUGGUCAUAUAAACGAACCUUUUCAAACAGCUGUCCUUAACCUCUUCUGCGAAAGUUCAACAGUGUUGCUGUAUCUACCACUUUAGGCUGCCAAGGCAGACCCCAAAAUCCUUCCAUCCCCCAACAACACUGCUUACUAUAAUGGCUUUCUCAGACCAAGAGACGAUCUCCUCUAUUGUCUAGUGUUACACUUUGCCAAAUUCAAAUGUCUGAAGCAAUAAAAAAAAAACUUUUAAUGUUUUGUCCAACCGAGGCAAAGAACGUUGACUGAACUGCUGUUGAUCAUUGUGAAGAAAAUGUGCCACAAGUUUUGCUAUGCAUUCAGGCUGGGGACAGUUUCUUAUGUUCUGUAGUUUGAUUCCGUCUUUGAAUAAACAGAGGAAGGUUUUGG